AUGAACCACGUACGAGAUGACGAUGAACCGAGGGGACCUUGCCAGAAGAGCGAAGAUGAAGAGCAGAGCACACCUCCGUCGUCGCCGCCACUCGUAGCAGCGCAGCGUCGCAAGUUUGAUGAUGAAGAGGAUAGUGACGAUGUGGAAGAGGAGGAAGAGGAAGAGACCGACUCCGAAGAAGAUCUGGUCGCUAAGCGCGAGAAGCUACGUAGGACUGAGCAGGAAGCAGACCUGAAGCACGCUGAAGACUUGUUCGGAGACAUCGACCUCGCCCGCACACGCAACCGCACCGCGCCCACCAAGAGCGUGAUAUCAGACGCCAACGACCCCACCAAGUCUAUAGAUCUAGCCUCCAUUCCUCUCUUCAAGCCAACCACAAAACCACAGUUCACAGCCCUCACCAACACCCUCGUGCCGCUGUUGACGGCCCAGUCCAAGAAGCCAGCAUAUACCCUGUGGCUGCAAGAGUUUACCAAACAGUUAGUCAAGGAACUUCCCAGCCAGGAGAUCAAGAAGAUUGCUAGUGCAAUGACCGCCGCCAGCAACGAGAAGCUCAAAGAAGAGAAGGCCGCUGAUAAGAGCGGGAAGAAGACCAAGGCUGCAAAGACCAAGACCAGCCUAGUUGCUUCGCGGGCUGGCAACAAUCGAGCAGACCUUACGGCUUAUGAUGACGUCGCUGAUGACCUAGGAGAUGACGACUUUAUGUGA